AUGGGUGGAGACUCGGAUCUCCUCAAUGCGAUGACAAAUUCACCUCCAGCUCCCGGAUUCCCCUUCUUCUCUGAACAACAGAUUCCAGUCAUUGAUGAGCUGCUCGAUAUGCUUCCUCCGUUACCGCAUCUCGAGGAGCUAAAGUCCGCAUUCUUCGUUGUCUUUUCUCCAUUGUUUCAUAUUCUACAUGACCCAACGUUUCAUCUCCAAUACCAGAACUUCAGAACGAAUCCAAAGUCGACUCCACUGUCAUUCUUAGCUCUCCUGUUCGUUGUGUUGAGUCUGUCUGUCACUGCACUAGACGAUGGCCACCCUCUUCUAUCAGAUCUAGGGCACGAUGCUGAUCCCGGCACAAAUGUCCGCAACCUAUCCAAAAAGUAUCGCUUAGCAGCAAUGCGAUGUCUAGUCGCUGACAACUUCAUGUUCUGUCACAACCUACGCACGGUUCAAUGUCUAGUACUAUUGAUCUACGCCUUGAACCAUGCUCAAGGCCCUGCGUGGUCUCUGCUCGGCACAACACUGCAUAUCGCAAUCUCAAUUGGAUGCGCGGUCGAUCCAGCGGGUCUAGAUGUUGAUCGUGUCGAAGCAGAGGAACGUCGACGAUGCUGGGCUGGAUUGAGAAUGUUGUAUACAAUUCAAAAUACGUGUCUGGGUAAUCUCAUGCCGUUUCGUAUGGAUGCGCAAGUGGCUCUUCCUCUGGAUGUAGAAGACGAUCAUGUGUUUUUUAGCGAUCACGCUGCGGUAUUACCUGCAAUGGAACGUCCAUACGAUCAACCUCCGACAAAAAUGACUUAUCUCUUGUACAAAUUUCGCCUGUACGAUCUCGCCUUUGAUAUUUGCCAGCUCUCGUCAAAUCCACUGGAAGCGCAUGACCGACACCGAAUGGAGACCUUAGACCAAAAAAUCAUCCACGAAAGUCAAUGCCAUAUUGAGCGUUUCGCGUCUAGCCCGAUUCAUACCUUGGAGCUUCAUCAUCAAGCCCACUUCCACAUUCUUACUAUUUACACAUGCCAUCUUACGCUCCUCCUUCAUCGUCCGUGGCUCAAUGAUGCCACAAACACAGGUUCAGGGGAGAUCAGCAGUAGCGCUCAACGAUGCGAAAUAGCAGCCGAAACUAUAAUCUCUAGCUUUGAAAGGCUAUGCAGCACUGAUACUCAAUUCACCCGGUAUCGCUGGUAUGUUGAUGGCCUUGGGUCAUUCUAUGCUUUUUUCGCUAUUACGACUCUGUUGGUACUUCAUAGUGGUGGUACAACAGGACCCCGAGGAGGUAGUAGAACCAGUCCAUCUCUCGAAAUGAUACCCCGAUGUGUACAUUUCUUCGUCAGCAAUGCAUCUCGUAGCGAUGUUUGUUCCAAGGCAGCUGCCAUCCUCGAGCCUAUUAUGAGCAUGACGAUACAGCAACCUACAAUGACAGACAGAGAGGCAGGCAGAAUUCAUCAUGACAUCGGACAACUAGAUGAGAGUCUGGGAGAUGACGCCGUCUGGGGCUCAUUCCCAGAGUUAGAAGAUCUGUUCUACGGUGUUCCACCGGAGCAAUGGCUUAUGCCGUCUGUGGCGCUUUGGAAUGCUUCGCCGGCAUCGCGUAACGAUAAUAAUCUUGCGCUAUGUCAAAGGGCUUGA